AGUCCCUUGGAUGCUGGCAUAGUGACGUGGCAAUUCCUCAAUUAACCUACCGCUCAUUUUAGAAGCUGUUCUUGAUUCACUUAUCCUGAAUGUUUCGGAGCCACCUCGAGCUUCUUAAAGCUCCGUUGUAUUUUCCCGCUUUUUGCACCUCACCUCGACGUGCCUCGACGCGCAACCCGUUCUAAAGCACCACCUGCUAUCUAGAUUCAUGCUGAUAGCUUAGAAACACACCACUAGAGCUCACCUGAGCGCGGACUUGAGCACAUCGUCGGCCCAAGAACGGUACUCGCACCUAUACCUUAAGCCUCACCACCGACUUCAUUCUACCCACAUCAAUGGCGGACUCGGAUGGGGAAUAUAUCGAAGCAUCGGACGAUGAAUACAUAGGUGGAGGUGGCAGCUAUGGCACACGAGGUCGUGGAAAAGGGAAAAAGGGCCAGAGAGCCGACGGCCGCGCAAAGAACGCCUGGGAGCUAUCUGCGAAGACUGGUCUCGAGUCAUACAGGGAAUCUGCGGAUGGAACCAUUGGGAAGAGCAUACAGGAGCGGGAGGAGGAAAGGAAACGCAAAAGGCUCCGCAAGGAUACAAAAGCAUUCCAGCGCGGCAUCAUACGCCAUAUUGUUCUUGUUCUCGACCUGUCCGAAGCUAUGCUUGAAAAAGACAUGCGGCCAAAUCGCUACUUCACCAUGAUCAAGUACACCCAGGAGUACGUCCGCGAGUUCUUCGAGCAGAACCCAAUAUCACAAAUGUGUGUCAUGGGAAUGCAUGAUGGGAUAUGCAUUCGAGUCUCUGAGCUAUCCGGAAAUCCGGCCGACCACAUUUCCGCCAUACAAGGACUACGAGAUCCGAAGAGCUCGACGUCUAAAGAGCCAAAGGGAUCACCUAGUCUACAGAAUGCUUUGGAGGUCUCCAGAGCGACUUUAUACCACACACCUAGUCAUGGAACUCGAGAAGUGAUCAUAGUACUUGGCGCCCUUCUCACUCUGGAUCCAGGCGAUAUCCAUAAGACGAUCAAGUCAUGUGUGCAGGAUCGAAUACGGGUCAGCAUCAUCGGCAUGGGCGGUCGCAUGCACAUCUGCACACAGAUCGUCAGCCGCACAAACUCAGGCGACGAAAGCGGCUACGUCGUCGCCACAGAUCAAGAACUCCUCCGCGAGCUCCUUCUCGCAACUACCACACCUCCUGUCAUUCGCUCUUCCGCACCCACCACCGACGGCGCAGCUGUUCCAGCCGAAUCCGCCGCAUCGCUGCUUCAGAUGGGUUUCCCAUCCCGCAUCGUCGAAGAAGUCCCCACUCUCUGCGCCUGCCAUGGUAAUCUCACGCGUGGCGGAUACACUUGCUCGAGAUGCAAGGCCAAAGUUUGCAGUCUUCCAGCAACCUGCCCGGGAUGUCAUCUCACGCUCAUUCUGUCCACCCACUUGGCGCGAAGUUAUCACCACCUAUUCCCCCUCCGCAACUGGGUCGAAGUCAGCUGGCAGCGCGCUAGGGAGAAAGGGAGUAAGCAGUGUUUGAGCUGUCUUAGUGACUUUCCGGAACCUCCAUCAUCACAUAUCGCACAUACCGAAAACGGCGCAGAGAGUUCAAAUGGCGCAGCGAACAGGACCGCGGCGGUGGCGGCAGCGUCGCGCAAUACUGCUCCUAAAGGGAAGCAGAAAAAGGACGACGGAUCGAACGAGGACGAACUAGCGACAGCGAGCGAGUCUUUCAGGUACGAGUGCCGGGAUUGCAAGAGCCAUUUCUGCAUUGACUGCGACGUGUUCUGCCAUGAGGUGCUACAUAAUUGUCCUGGAUGUCUGGGAGGAGCAGGCCCGCGGAAAGAGGAAGGGAACGUGGAUACGGAGAUGAGUGGAUGAGAUCAAGGGAUGGGCGCAUCAGGUAAUUCUUUGGCAAUGGUUUUAUUACGGGAAACACUCCUGUGAAUAGCAUCACGGCGGUAUGGCGGGCGGCGAACUUUGGGCGUUUAAUUAUCUGGUGACGUGUAGGUAUAGGCUCUCUGAGACGGUAUCAGAGAUUUUAGAGCUUUCUUAAUGCAAGAACAAGGGAUUGCCUUUGUCGCCUUGUUGUCUCCCUG